AUGUCGUCGAACUCAUAUGACAGGGAUCAUAGGUACUGCUAUUGCGGUGAAAGGUUAGUCAUUCGAACCUCUUGGACAUCUGAAAAUCCCGGCCGCCGAUUUCGUUCUUGCAUUGACUACGAGGGAGAAGGAAACACAGGGUGUGAUUUUUUCUCUUGGGUUGAUCCUCCUAUGUGUAGAAGGUCCACGGAAAUUAUUCCUGGAUUGUUGCGAAAAUCAAAUGUUUUGCUUGCUGAGAAUGAAGAAUUGCGAGAGGAAAACAUUAGAUUGAAGAAGAAGCUGGAGGUAGAGAUGUCGGAUUGGCAAAGGGAGUUGAAGUCCGCUAAAAAGGCCAAAUUUUGGUUGCUCAUGGGGGUUGUGACUCUAUUUCUAUAC